CCUGUAGCGAAGAUGGUCACAUUGGGUAGAGUAGUGUUCAUCUGAGUGAAAUUGAGGCCGUUGGCAUUGGUGAAGACGUAGGUCUCGUUGGUGCCCCGGGGAUAGAGCAAGGGCGAGGCCGACCCGAGGGUGGCCAGGGCCGAGAGAAGAAGCGGCUUGAGGGUCAUGGUGUAGAUCGAUGAUGUGAGUUGAAUGUUGGUGUGCUGCUGAUAUCCUGCAGCGACAUGAUCAUUUUAUACCCCAUCGUGGACUACCACUUGGCAGACGUAUCCGGUAUCAGACGGAUGUUUACUUCUGAGGGUCUGAGAUAUCAUCAUCAUAAUCCUCUGGUGGACUUGUUAUCGAGUCCCCACACGGGCUUAUCAGGAACCCUGCAGGUGGAGCCGGCAUUGGGUAGGCUUCUUCUCCAAGUUCAAGUUCAGGGACCCGGUGGGCCUAAUAGUGAUGGACCGAUAACGGAUGGCAUUGAUAACGGGGAUGCCGAUAUCGGCCUCCCAGCGAUAAGCAAUAGUCGGAAGGUCCAAACGAGAUUCUGGGAAUAUUCUCCACGAGGAGGAUCCACCGAUGGGGAAUCAUGCAGAGCGCUGUCAUUAUGUGAUGGGAUUAGGCAACCCUGGUGCGUGUUCCCCACAGGUCAAUCCGGGGACUGCUCAAUCCCGUGGCUUCCAGAAGCUCGGCAUGACAACAGUAUCUUAUCAGCAUUGGCAAGUAUGCCAGUCUCAUGACUGCUAUGGAUGACAUCGUUCAUGCAGGUAACCUUAUCAUCCCGGGGGUUCCACAGGCUUCCAGACUAAGCAUCCGUAGGUUUACUACACAGUACAUAGGCAUGGAAUUCCAUCGUCCCUUGUUGACUGAACCAAUUCAUGGCCAGUGAUCGCAUUAAACAGACGUGCCAGG